GGACUGAAUCACACUUUUCUCACAUUUAACUUUAGCAUUCAUUAUCUUUCGCUUUGUCGCUCGUUGCUGACUCACAUACGCUACCCACCCCUCCUCUUCGGAUUUUAUCUUAUUCCUUCUUACCUCCGGAGUGAUCUCAAGCCACCUGUAGCAUGAAGGUCAAGAUUAAGAUUUUGUGGCGCGUAAAGUCUGGAACGGUAGAAGACGUAUUAUCGUGUGUAUGCUACCGACAAAAGAGGCAAUGCCCACAAAUUCCGAACAAGAAUAAGAACUCAAGACCAUCAUGUGUUAAUCGGUAAUUAAGACCUAUCAUUUGCAUAUGCAUGUUGCGUAAUAGAACAACUAUUCUUUCUGAGCUUACCAGUCAACGAUCAAGGGAGUCUUCUGGGGAAGACUUAACUAUAGAGUGGUCAAGCAGUGAUGAGGAAGUAAUUCAGUCUAUCUGUCCUCCUCCUGUAGCAUAUCAGAUUGGAGUUGGCAGCUCCAUGAAUGAUGACCAAUAUUCUGAAAAAUGUAAAGAUUCAAUACAAAGUGGUUUUGAUCAGGGCUUAUUCUCCAGAGAUCAAAAGGGACAUAUCAGUCUUCAAAAGCCAGAUGAUGAAAAAUCACUAAGUACAUGUUUUAAUGAAGAGAAAAAAUAUAACUGUCAAGGCUUUCAAAGCUUCUUGCCUUCACUUAAACAUCAUGAUUUAAGUAAACUGGAAAAUGAGAUGUAUAUUGGAAAAUCUGAAUCAUUACUACCCAUUAGUGGAAGAUAUGAUGGAGCAUUAUCUUGCACAAAUGCAAGUGAUAUCAAUGUACUUGAACCUCAGUCACCAGUUCUUGGAUCAGGAAGGGUUUGGGCUAGAUCUUGUUCCCCAGUUCUUAGAAGAAAGGUUCAAAUGAAAACUUCAUUUGAUGUACAAAAAAAAGAGUUAAAUUUCAGCAAUGCUUUAUCUGUAAAAAGACGGAUAAACAGUGAUGAUGUAUCUUUUAAUUUGGAAUUAAGUGCAGCAGCAGCAGCAGCAAAAAAGAAAGAAAACAUGAAUGUAGACUCAUACAAUGGACACUCUCUUUACUCUAAUAUAAGAAUGAGAGAUUUUAAUGUUCAUGAUACACAACUUGAUAAAUGUAUCUUUCAUUCCAACAGUGUUCAAAAUAGAAAAACACAAAGCCCUGAAAAAAUUCAUUGCUCUUUUAUAACACCUCGAGAUUGUAAAGGGGGACAUACAUCUUCAGACUGCCUAGAUGAAGUAAUCCAUUUUGGAUCACAUGGAAGACAAGAUGAUUCUAUAACAUUAGAUGUUAACUUGAAGCCAUUACUCAAGAAUGAUCUCAGUCUAUCAGAAGAACAUCUUGAGCUAGACAUAGGUGAAUGUACCUCUGAGAGCAUUGCAGUAACAAUGAAAGGAAGAGAUGACCAACUGGACCAUAACACAAAAGCAUCUAUGAAUGAUAUAGAUAUAUCUGAGGAAAAUGAAUCUUCUGCUCCUGCUACUAGUUUGCUGGUGCUGGAUAGUAACACACGAUCUGGCUUUGAUUGGGUGAAGCACCUUCAGACGCCUAAGAAAUUGCUGAAUGAUGAUGUUGAUGGGAUGGAGUCUACCAAAAAGAAAUUAUUGAAAGAAGGGCAAGCACAACACCUGAAGAUUAUGCUUAUGUCUUGGAGAUCAUGCAUCACUCUUUGGAGGCAUAGGUUUUCUCUAACGAGUCUCUGUGGGAUAUCUCCAAAACAGUCAUUGCCUUUAUAUAAGAUACACCACCAUGAUAUCAACACAAAUGAUGUAGUGAAGAUGGAGUCUCAAGAACAAAAAUGUGAGAUGAAUUCCAUCUGCUCACCAUCAGUGAAGAACCUACAAGACCUCAUGAUAGACAAUACAGCAUCUUCAGCUGAAAUCCUCUGGUCAUCAUCUUACAAAGUUUCAUCAAAGUAUCUGGAUUUAAGAUUGAUAAAUAUUGGUGGACAACUACCAAGUAAUGCAGCAUUAUGUGAGGCCAUUGGGAGCAAUGUAGAAGAAUUUCCAGUGCCUGUGGAAACAGACAACAAAAAUGUAGAAGCAGCCGAAAAAAGGAAGACAAAAAAAUUCUUUGUGUUCUUUGCUUUGGAUGAACACAAUAUUACAAGUCUCCAUAAAUUUAAUACUGUCAGAAUUUAUGCUACUUGGCAGAAUCUCAGUGUCUUAGAUCAUGACAUCCCUACACUCUUCACUUCUUACUACAAAUUUAACUAUAAAGAGGAGACAACCCCCCUUCCAGUGCAUCACAGAAGAAGUGUUCUCCACACUUGGACUUCCUCAGGUUAAAUCAACUUGACGUCACGACCACCCAUGCUGCUUAUGGUGAGAACCACAUUGGGCUAUGCUCCAAGAAACUUAACAAUGAGCAGGACAUUUUCCAGCUGCAAAAUGGUGCCCACAAACACAAGGGGAAGUAUUGUUGCCAUGGUAAUGAGGUCACAAGCAGGUUGUUGGUAGAACCAACUCCCAAGGUGUUACUGUCUCAUGUACAUUUAUGUUUACAAAACAACAUUUCUAUUAGUUUUUUACAAGCCUUUCCACCAAGAAAGGAUUGUUUUGUAAUGCACAAAGUGAAAUCUUGCAUGGAACACCAAAAGCAAGGCAGGAGAUGAGGAGGCAUUUGUCUGCUGGUGGCCGCUUUUUUUUCUUGUGACCCUUUUUAGCUUGUGUGUUGCUUUCACCACAAUAUUUGCAUGUCCGCUCAUCUAUUGCCUGCUAUAAUGGAUAUUAUUAUAAAGAUUUGAUAUCCAUUAUAGCAGGGGCAGACACACAAAUAUUGUGGUGAAAGCACCGCUGCCGAUGAUUGCCGACAACAGGCAAAAACCUCCUCAUCUCCUAAUUUGCUUUCCUUGUUCCAUGCAAGAUUUCACUUUGUGCAUCGCAAAACAAUAAUUUUUUAGUGAUAAGGCUUGUAAAAAGCUAAUAGAAAUGUUUUAUGAGCAUAAAUGUGUAUAUGAGACCUCACUCCUCAGUCUGGAACUAAACAGCACUGUGAGUGGAUCAUUUCUCUGAUUGUUCACUUAGUGUCCUAUAUUAUGGUAUCCAAGUGUCCUUCAAUCUCCUCACAGGAAAGUAAUUCCAAGAAAUCAAGAAGACUGUGACCAUUGAAAAGAAUUUGGAAGUGUUAGAUCACUAUGCUAGGAGAGAAAAAACCUUGGUGAUUGUUCAUGCAAUGGGACUGAGGGAGAGCAUGUUGCAUACCAUCAGAGCUAAUAAAAUGAGUAUGUGUU